CCCGCGCCUGGCCUCCGCUGGCUCCCACUGAACCCGAGGGGCGUGGAGCGGCCCCUCCCUCGGGGGCGUGCCCCCUUUCCCCGCCCCCCGCGCUAGGGUAUGGCCCCCGGCCCAGCCCGGGACCCCAGGUCCCGCGCCCGGGCCCGUGAAAGCUGUUUUCCCGCUCCCGCCCGCCCGGCCUCGCCCGCUAGCACCAUGGGAUGUAAUAUGUGCGUGGUCCAGAAACCGGAGGAGCAGUACAAAGUGAUGCUUCAGGUGAACGGGAAGGAGCUCUCCAAGCUGUCUCAGGAGCAAACCCUGGAGGCCCUGCGCUCCUCCAAGGAGCCCCUGGUGAUCCAGGUGCUGAGACGCAGCCCCCGCCUCCGGGGGAACAGCUCCUGCCAUGAGCUGCAGCUGGUGGACAGCGGCACUCAGACCGACAUCUUCGAGCAUAUCAUGGCGCUGGGCAAGCUGCGCCCGCCCACCCCGCCCAUGGAUCUGGAGCCGGACGUCCUGUCUGAGCUCCCCCCCAUCAGCCAUGAGUAUUAUGACCCGGCGGAGUUCAUGGAGGGCAGCCCACAGGAGGCAGACCGUAUGGACGAGCUGGAGUAUGAGGAAGUGGAGUUGUACAAGACCAGCCACCGGGACAAGCUGGGCCUCAUGGUGUGCUACCGCACAGACGACGAGGAGGACCUGGGCAUCUACGUUGGAGAGGUGAACCCCAACAGCAUUGCAGCCAAAGAUGGCCGGAUCCGCGAGGGGGACCGCAUCAUCCAGAUUAAUGGCGUGGACGUGCAGAACCGGGAAGAGGCGGUGGCCAUCCUGAGCCAGGAGGAGAACACCAACAUCUCCCUUCUGGUGGCGCGGCCGGAGAGCCAGCUGGCGAAGCGGUGGAAGGACAGUGACCGGGAUGACUUCCUAGACGACUUCGGCCCUGACAACGAGGGGGACCUGCGUGCACGGAAGCUGAAAUCCCCGCCUGCCCAGCAGCCUGGAAACGAAGAGGAGCAAGGGGCCCCCAGUGCAGGCCCGGGCCUCAGCAACAGCCAGGAGCUGGACAGUGGGGUGGGCCGCACCGACGAGAGCACGCGUAACGAGGAGAGCUCAGAGCAUGACCUGCUCGGGGAUGAGCCCCCGAGCACGACCAACACGCCUGGGACCCUGCGCAAGUUUGGCCUGCAAGGGGACGCCCUGCAGAGCCGCGACUUCCAUUUCAGCAUGGACUCUCUGCUGGCCGAGGGGGCGGGGCUGGGGGGUGGCGACGUGCCCGGGCUCACCGAUGAGGAGUACGAGCGCUACCGGGAGCUGCUGGAGAUCAAGUGCCACCUGGAGAACGGCAACCCGCUGGGCCUCCUUUUCCCGCGGGCCUCUGGCGGCAACAGCGCCCUGGACGUGAACCGCAACGAGAGCCUGGGCCACGAGAUGGCCAUGCUGGAGGAGGAGCUGCGGCACCUGGAGUUCAAGUGCCGCAACAUCCUGCGGGCGCAGAAGAUGCAGCAGCUGCGGGAGCGCUGCAUGAAGGCCUGGCUGCUGGAGGAGGAGAGCCUGUAUGACCUGGGGGCCAGCGAGCCGAAGAAGCACGAGCUGUCCGACAUCUCCGAGCUGCCUGAGAAGUCGGACAAAGACAGCACCAGCGCCUACAAUACUGGGGAGAGCUGCCGCAGCACCCCGCUGCUGGCGGAACCCCUGCCCGAGAGCCCCUUAAGGCGGGCCGCCACUGGCAACUCCAACUUGAACCGGGCCCCCUGUGGCCCUCCUGUCGCCACCCACCCCAAGACAGCUCUUCCACCAGGUAGCCCCGCCAAGUUCCGAUCCCUCUCGCGGGAUCCUGAGGUGGGGCGGAGACAGCACUCAGAGGAGCGGGUUCGCCGUGGUCCCAAGACGGGGAUGACCCUGGAGCGCGUGGGCCCCGAAGGCAGCCCUUACCUCUCACGUCGCCACCGAGGCCAGGGCCAGGAGAGCGAGCAGUACCACAGCUGUGUGCAGCUGGCCCCGCCGCGCAGCCUGGAGGAGCUGGGCCACAGCCCCUUGAGUUUGGCCGGUGCUCCCCGAGUGGGUGGCGCCGUGGCUGCGGCCCCUGAGGCACCCCGCAUGGAGUGGAAGGUGAAGGUGCGCAGUGACGGGACCCGCUACGUGGCCAAGCGGCCGGUGCGUGAUCGCCUCCUGAAAGCUCGGGCCCUGAAGAUCCGGGAGGAGCGCAGCGGCAUGACCACCGAUGACGACGCGGUGAGCGAGAUGAAGAUGGGGCGCUACUGGAGCAAGGAGGAGCGCAAGCAGCACCUGAUCCGCGCCCGCGAGCAGCGGAAGCGGCGUGAGUUCAUGAUGCAGAGCCGGCUGGAGUGCCUGCGCGAGCAGCAGAGCGCCGACGGCAAGGCCGAGCUCAACAUCAUCGCCCUGAGCCACCGCAAGACCAUGAAGAAGCGGAACAAGAAGAUCCUGGACAACUGGAUCACCAUCCAGGAGAUGCUGGCCCACGGCACGCGCUCUGCCGACGGCAAACGGGUCUACAACCCGCUGCUCUCCGUCACCACCGUCUGAGGCGCCCGGCCGGGGGCCUUCCGGCACCUGGGCCUCCCUGUCCCUUCACAUCUGGGGUGUCUGUGUGUGCGCGGGACUCUGGCGCCAGAGAAGUCCACGAGAAGUAGUGACCGUGUCGGCGGCUGGCGCGGGGGACACCCUUGAGUUGUGUGUGCGCGUGUGCCACGUGAGCCCACGUUCACACAUGCACACGCACACACCCCUCUGGUGUGCGCUCCCCGCGGGGACUAGGGGUUGCUGGAGGAGCCAAAGAGGAGCGCAGGGAGGACGGGCUGCCUCAAGCACAGGAGACUGGCUGCCUUCAGCUGCGGUCUCUCCCUGCCAGCCUGCGUUACUUGUGGCCAGGGCACCCUGGGUUUUAUGAUUUACCCCCCUUUCUGUGCUUGCCAAUCCUUGUUUUUCUGUUGUGUGGACCUGCUUGGGGGCUGGCAGCUUCUCGGGCAGCCUGACGACGGUGGGGUCCCCGAGUGAUGGCUGGG